UGCCUUUUAUUGCACCGCCAGGGUGGCACCUUAUCCAGUCGGGUCUCCACCCAGUCCUAGGCCAGGAUGGAGUCCCGGAGCGGCCCUCCAGUUAACCCACGUGGCCCACCUUGCCUCACUCCAGGCCUGCGAACCUUACACGCACACACACCUGGCCCAGCCGGACAUUUCCUAGUCCACCUUCCAGUGCACCUCAACCCUGGUUUCGAGGCUGUAGCUCCGGACUGGACUGGGACAGGUCCUGGGUGGGACCUGAGGGGUCAACUUAAGUCUUCGAUAGAGCAUCGGGCUUCUAGUUAUGGCCCUGCCAGCUGCUCACUGUGACCUUAAUCUCGCUCCCUCGGGAGCCUUUUUCCCUGUCUCGUGUGAGCACUCAGUUCUGAAUCCGUAUUAGAACCAGUUUCCCCACUUUCUGAAGUCAGCUCAGAAAUCGCCUGAACUCCUGUAUACUAACUCCAGGUUUUAGGCAAAGUCUUCGGGAAGAAAAACUUAAAGCCAGAGAGGGAAGUGAGGAGAAUCAUCACAGAUCUUGGGAAGAAACAAAGGGCUCCCUUCCACCAUAGGCAGGUGGAAAUAGCAGGGCAUGCUGGUUUUCAUCAUCAGUGGCCUGGUCAUCUUGGCCUACUGCUCCCAGGCCAGCAAUGAGCGGACCUACCAGGAGGUGGUAUGGGCUGUGUGUGGCAAGCUAACAGGUGUGCUGUGCGAGGUGGCCAUCGCCGUCUACACCUUCGGCACCUGUAUCGCCUUCCUCAUCAUCAUCGGGGACCAGCAAGACAAGAUUAUAGCUGUGAUAGCCAAGGAGCCAGAGGGGGCCAGCAGCAGCCUUUGGUACACAGACCGCAAGUUCACCAUCAGCCUCACUGCCUUCCUCUUCAUCCUGCCCCUCUCCAUUCCCAGAGAGAUUGGCUUCCAGAAAUAUGCCAGCUUCCUGAGCGUCGUGGGCACCUGGUACGUCACUGCCAUCAUUAUUAUCAAAUACAUCUGGCCAGAUAACAAGAUGACCUCGGGAGAUAUCCUGACAAGGCCAGCUUCCUGGAUGUCUGUGUUCAAUGCUAUGCCCACCAUCUGCUUCGGAUUUCAGUGCCAUGUGAGCAGCGUGCCCGUCUUCAACAGCAUGCGGAGGCCUGAGGUGAAGACCUGGGGCGGGGUGGUAACAGCUGCCAUGGUCAUCGCCCUGGCUGUCUAUCUGGGCACAGGCAUCUGUGGCUUCCUGACCUUUGGAGCCGCUGUGGACCCCGACGUGCUGCUGUCCUACCCUUCCACAGACAUGGCUGUGGCUGUUGCCCGAGCCUUCAUCAUCCUGAGCGUGCUCACCUCCUACCCCAUCCUGCACUUCUGUGGGCGGGCGGUGGUGGAAGGCCUAUGGCUGCGCUACCAGGGGACCCCUGUGGAGGAGGAUGUGGGGCGCGAGCGGCAACGGCGUGUGCUGCAGACGCUGGUGUGGUUCCUGCUCACCCUGCUGCUGGCUCUCUUCAUCCCUGACAUCGGCAAGGUCAUCUCAGUCAUCGGAGGCCUGGCUGCCUGCUUCAUCUUUGUCUUUCCAGGGCUGUGCCUCAUUCAAGCCAAAUUGUCAGAGAUGGAAGAGGUCAAACCAGCCAGCUGGUGGGCCUUGGUCAUUUAUGGAGUCUUCUUAGUCACCCUGGGAGCCUUCAUCUUCGGCCAGACCACAGCCAAUGCCAUCUUUGUGAAUCUCUUGGCAUAACCACUGCCUCCCAUAACCACUGCCAUUGUGGACCCCAGGAGCCAUCUCUCAGAGCUAUGGGCUGCUCCAACUCCAACAUCAUUCCAGCUGGUGUGAUGGCAUCUGGACAUCCUUUUCCAGGAUGAAUUAGCUAGCCCCAUACCUGUGGACAGCUCAGUCCCCUUACCUUUCCUGCUUCCCAGCCCCGGCAAUGCUGAUGGUGGUGGCAAGUCUCAUGUCACACAGGAGUUUCCUCCUCCCCCACCUCCCAACAUCUCCACGCAUCAGUGGGACUUAGAACCCAUUCUGACUUCCCUGGAGAAAGGCCGUGUGCAAAAGGCUGGAGUACCUGCCCUGCAUAGGGGCUGUGUUCAGUGCCUGUUCCUGUCCUCAGCAGCCAUGGCCAGUGGCAACUUCUGGAUCUGAGCUUCUGAAGGUGGCCCUGGAGUCAUACAGAUGUGCAGAGACAGCUGUCUAUUCCCCAGACCCUCAGGAAGCCUGCUAGCCACUUUGCCAUGGCUAAUUGCCAUUCCCCAAGUCUCAGGAAGUGGGGAUGGGGGUGGGGAUGGGGGACGGUUUCACCCUGACUCUCCAAACCUAAUAGUCCAGGCCAGGCAUCCCUCUCGUGUGUCCCCAGACAUCACCAAGUCUAAUGUUUACAAAGGGUGCCAGGAUGGCUCUGAGACCAGGGGCCGCCUGUGCCACGGUGCUGUGAGGUCCUCCUUCCUUAACCCAUUGGUGAAGAUGGGCUGGGGUUUUUUCCCUCAGAUUCCAGAUGAGCCCUUUUCAGAGGGUCAGAGUGGGGAAUAUAGGAGUCUGGGAACCUUUCAGACCCUCACUUUGGGCUGAGCUGACCAAACCUGAGUGAAUCUCCA